AUGUCGCUCUCUGACCCGCGCGUACUACCUGCGCUAUACGACUCUCUCGCCACUCCUCCUCUCUCACCCAUCCCCAACGACAAACGGAACCGCCGACCGUCCGCUACCCCACUAUACUCCAUCCCAACCACACCGAACAUCUCGCCUGACCUCCCUCCUAUCUCUCUCACAUCCCCUCUCGUCUCCCGUCGCCCAUCCAUUGCUGCCUCUACCAAGAUCCCCUCACCUCCUACCCACGACGCCAUUCUCCCCGCGGACCCUGCGAUCUUCGAGCCCGUCAACUCUAUUCCACGGUCUCUACAUCCCGCCCAAUUCUCCCCGCACCCCAAACCUCUCCGGCUUCAUCGAUAUCCUACCCAACUUCACGUCAACCCAUCAGCCGACUCGCUGACGAGGGAGAAGAAGGGCAAGAUGCCUGCUCUGAGCCAUCUGCUGAAUGUGGGUGGUGGAAAGGUGCUGGCGUUGGCGGCGGAUGAGCGAUACGUGUACGCCGGCUGUCAGAGCGCGGACAAUGAGAUCGUCGUCUUCUCACGCAACUCACUCCAGCCGAUGUUCCGCCUUCUCGGGCAUCAGGGGAGCAUCAUGGCAUUGAUGAUCAUCGAGGAGAAGGGCUGGCUGGUGAGUUCCAGUAGCGCUGGGGACAUUCGAAUCUGGAGCACCAAGACCCUCGAGCCGCUGCAUAUCAUCCAUCCCUGCGACGAUACCGCCGGAGAUAUCUACUCGCUCGCCUGGGAUGAGCGGAACGGCGGUACCCUCUACUUUGGAACCCAAGGUGCCACUAUCGAGUGGAUCAACUUCUCCCCCAAAUCCAAGGCAAACCCACUCAAGGAAUCCACUACCGCCGCCAACGCCAGCAUUACCGUCCCUGUUCACGCCAACGGUACUUCGUCUGCUGACGAAGUCAAACAAUCCACGCCCACGGGUCCCAGCCAGCGCAGUGGUCGAUACAAGCCCCAUCACUUCUUCGACAAGCCAGCGUCUACUGCUCCGAGUGGUGCCAAUACCCCUCGUCCCCUCGCAUCGCCCCAAAUCAACAUCGCGGAUCUCGACCAGAUGAGCCUCUCCAGUCCUGGUACCCCGCGCGAGAUCCAGGUGGACGAGCUCGAAGUGGACGUUGAGGAUCGCUUGUCCUUUGCGCACUAUGGCUAUGUCUACGCACUUCAGAUAGUCGAUCGCCCAGACGGCUCCAAGUGGCUCAUCUCCGGCUCGGGCGAUUCGGACGUCAAGGUAUGGUCCUGCGCGCCCGGCGGCGGUCUGCACUACGAACGCGAGUUCUCUGAGCUUUCCGGCGGAGUGCUCUCCCUCGCCUAUCGCGACUCGCUUCUUUACGCCGGACUCCAGGACGGCGAGAUCCUCAUCUGGGAUCUCGAGACGGGCGCGUGUAUCCGCACGAUCGACGCGCACGAGGCGGAUGUGCUGAGUAUGAGCGUGCUAGGUGGGGAGGUGUACACUGCCGCAGCGGACGGGCGAGUCCUGCGGCUGGACGAGGAGUUUGACUGUACGGCCGCGUUCCGGGCGCAUUCCGGCAUUGUACUGGGCUCGAUCAUCGUCAAGGGAGUUCGAGCGGGAUGGGAUCUGAUCACAGCGGGGAACGAUUCUUACGUCAAGAUCUGGUCGAUCGAGUAUCCGCAAUCGUCCUCCUCGCUCAGCCCAGAAGUCAAGAUGGACGGCGAAGGCGACGUCAUGCUUUACGCUUUGUCAAAGCUCAUCUCGGUGCCCACCGUCAGCGACGACGCGCACAGGGAGAGCUGCAGGCAGGGCGCACAUAUGCUCAAGAAGAUCUUGGGGCAAUUGGGAGCCUCCGCGGAAGUGCUCUCCGGGGAUCAAGGCCGCAAUCCACUCGUACUCGCUACCUUCAUCGCAACCUCCACUUCCGAGUCCGACAAGCCACGCCGGCGUCUCCUCUUCUACGGCCAUUACGACGUUCAGCCUGCCGCUGAAGAGCAGUGGGAGACCAACCCCUGGGAGCUGUCUGGGCGAAACGGCUACCUCUAUGGUCGAGGCGUGUCGGACAACAAGGGACCGAUCUUGGCGGUAGCGUGUGCGGCGGCGACACUCAGGCGGAAUAGGGAGCUGGACGUCGACGUCGUGUUGCUCAUCGAGGGAGAAGAGGAGGCGGGAAGUCGAGGGUUCGCGUCUACUGUGCGGAAGAACAAGGAAUCUAUCGGUCAUAUCGAUACUAUCCUCCUCUCCAACUCGACCUGGAUCAACGAAGAGAACCCCUGCGUCGUCUAUGGUAUGCGCGGGGUGGUCUAUGCCAACUUGACGAUCUCAUCUGGCGGUGCAGAUGCGCAUAGUGGAGUUGACGGCGGGAUGGUCGCAGAGCCGAUGUUCGACAUGGUGCGCGUUCUUGGAGGAAUAGGGGAUGCGAAGGGUGUCAAACUGCCCGAGUUCUAUGACAACGUCCGAUCCCAAUCAUCAGCGGAGAUGGACCUUCUGGCGGAUGUAGCCAAAGCUUGCGGCCGCCCCGUCGAAGAGCUCGACAAGAUCUGGCGUCAACCCAGUUUCAGUAUCGCCAACAUCACAACCUCAUCUGCUUCGUCCAACAAGACGGUCAUCCCCAAGCGGGUCACGGCGGACAUAUCGAUGCGGCUCGUCCCAGAUCAGGAUCUCAAGGGGAUUGUGGCGGGUUUGAAGCGGCACUGCCAGGAGACGUUUGAUGAGAUCAAAUCUGCCAAUACAUUCGAGAUGAACAUCACUCAUCACGCCUCAUGGUGGCUCGCCUCGCUCGACAACCCAUACUUCAAAGCCCUCGAAACGUCCGUCGAGGAAGUAUGGGGCAAGACACCCCUCAAGAUUCGUGAGGGCGGUACGGUGCCUACCAUCUUUUGGCUCGAGACGGAGUUUGGGGCGCCGUGUGUUCAUCUCCCGCUGGGUCAGGCGAGCGAUGCGGGGCAUCUGGCGAAUGAGCGGAUGAGGCUGUUGAAUCUGAGGAAUGGGAAGAGGGUGGUGGAGCUGUAUCUGAUGAAGCUUGCGAGUGUGUAA